AUGAACCCCAGCACGAAUAGGGAACAUAUCAUUUCCAUUCAGUCCCAUGUCCUUGAUGGGUUCUGCGGAAACACCAUCGCUUCCUUCGUGUUGAGGAGGAGGGGGCACGACCCCAAAAUCUUCAACACGGUUCAGUACUACUCCAAGUACAAGCACGUGGGGGUUGAGAUGAAGCACGAGGAGAUGCAAACCAUUUUGGGCGCACUGAAGGAGGACCUAGCGACCACGGGCGGUGGUAACCACGGAAAUGGCAACCACAGCAAUGGCAAUCACGGAAAUGGCGUGUACUUCCUGACGGGCUAUAUAAAAACGAAGGAGUGCGUCGACGCGGUGAUGAGCCACAUCUGGGAGCUAAAAAAUGAGCACAAUGAAAAAAGGGCCACGCAGAUGGAUCCUCAAGUGGAGGCACCACUGGCAAUAGAAGAAGAAAAAACCGACGGCGAUGCUGCUGAAUGGCAUAGCGGUAACUCCUGUGCAGGUGAUUCUUCCUUCGGAAAACUACUCAGUGUAGAUUUCCUCUGGAUUUGCGACCCAGUAAUGGGAGACAACGGCAGGAUAUACGUCGAUAAGGAUGUCGUCCUUGCGUACAAAAAGUGCAUUCCCUUUGUCGAUAUCAUGACGCCGAAUCAGUUCGAGUUAGAGUUACUAUGUGACAAGAAAAUAAAGAAUGAGAACGACGUAACUACAUGUGUUCGUUUUUUACUAAACAGAGGAGUCAAAUUAAUCGUCGUAACCUCUGUUCAGUACCCCUUCGAUAAAGACCACCUGUACUUAUAUGUUGGCUACCUAAACGGCCAAGCAAAGCUAAUCGUCUUUAAGUAUAAAAUAUUUAGAUUCGAUUUUAACGUGUGUGGCUCUGGCGAUUUGUUCGCGGCCCUGCUGCUCUCCUUCCUCGUUAGACACCGCGGCAAUGUCCCGCUGAUUAUUUCGAAGGUUCUGAACAUCGUACAUAAUGUCAUAAAGAACAGCCUAAGCUCGGGGGAACUUAACAUAAUAGAGAACCAAGAUAUAAUCGCCAGCGAUGGGCUUUGUGGCAGCUUCAUUAAGGCGGAGCCCGUUUGUCCAACCCAUCCCACACCCUAA